AUGAGGUUUAAGAUUUCAAGGAAGAAAUUAUGCCAACUUCUUGUCAUUGCAUCUUAUCCUGCUAUUUUGGUCUUGGUCUGGGAUUACAUGAUGACUUUAGAAUUCAGUUUGAAUCAGCUUUUCUUUGAAGCUGUUGAGGAAGGUAGAAGUAAACUAUACAUUCAUUACAGCAGCUAUGCUAGUACUGUUUUGGCAUGUUUCCUGUAUCCUACUUUUGGUUUGUUAGCUGAUGUGUGGAUUGGGAGAUACAAAGCUAUACUCAUUGGUAUGGUAUUCUGUUUCUUGUCAUGGAUUAUAGGAGGGAUUGGAUUUAUUAUUGAUAACUACUAUCACAGUGAUGGUGUACUUUUGGGUUUUUAUGGGAUUGCAUAUUUCUUUCAAUACUGUGGUUACACGUGCUUCACUGCUAACAUUAUUCAGUUUAAUAUUGAUCAACUUAUUGGAGCUUCAUCUGAUGAAUUAAGCACUCUCAUAUAUUGGCAUACUGCUGUUACACCAGUUAUAUAUAUAUUUAUAUACACAAUACUUAAUCUGCUAGGUCACAGCUUUUAUGUUAAUAUGGCUAUUUUUAUUAUAUCGGGAUCAGCUGUAUCUUUUGUACUUGUGUCUCACUCUUUGUUUAAACACACGCUGGAGAAGGUAUCUCUAAUCAAGAAUCCCAUCAAAUUGAUAAUUAAUGUGUUGUUUUAUGCCAAAAAACACAAGUAUCCAGAAAAUCGUAGUGCUCUGACAUACUGGGAACAAGAGGCUCCUUCAAGGAUAGACUUGGGUAAAAGGAAAUACGGUGGACCUUUUACUGAAGAAGAAGUAGAAAAUGUUAAAACCUUCUUUGGUAUUCUACCAUUUUUCAUAGCCAUUUUAGGUUUUGUUCUUAGUGACUCUUGGUUCACUCUUAACAUAGACGCUAAUAAUUUAGUCCUGCUGUCUGGGAUUCAAUAUAGCAUAUGCAGCCUUAUCAUACUGUUUCUUUAUCUAUUCUUCAUUCGUAUUUUCUUCUACAAGUUCAUUGCCUCUAUGCUGUCUAGAAUGAGUCUUGGACUUUUUCUCGCUUUGAUUGUUGGAAUUUCAGAAAUGAUUGCAGCAAAGUUAAUACAGUUAGAUGUGACGUUUUUCAAUACCAACAAGACUACAUACAUAUAUUUGUUAUUCUUAGGAAUAUCAAAGCUAUUAGUCACUCAAACUUCAUUGGAAUUUAUCGUGGCACAGACUCCAGUUCAGAUGAGAGGAAUGAUGGUUGGAUUUUGGUUAGCAUCAUGGGACAUUGGAUUUCUUAUUGAUAGUCUCAUAGAGCUUUCAUUUAGCUGUGAGUCAAAAAUGAUCUGUACCAGUUUUUUCUAUUAUCUAACAAAGAAUGUAAUAGUUUUUGUCAUUUUGAUUUUAUUUGUGAUCCUGGCAAAACGCUAUAAAUAUCGUGUGAGGGAGAAUGAAGUUAAUAUUGCUCAGAUAGUUGAGGAUCAUUAUCAGAGAUACAUGGUUCAAGAAGAGCAGUUCAAAAGGAAGGACAAUGAUCAUUUUCUUAUUACUUCUACUUCUAGUUAUUAUUAA